AUGACAAGUUUGAAACAGCAUUUGAAAAGCCACUUUGGUUUCGAGAAAUUUCGGUCUAAACUACAGGAAGAUGUUGUCAAAGCGGUCAUCAGAGGUAAGACGGUAAAACUGUUUAUUUGUGCUAUUAUACUUUAACUGAGGUUAUGCUAACCAACUGACGUUGGCCCACAGCAACAAGAGAGCUUCACUGACCUUUUCGCUAUUAUCUGUUAAUGAGGUUUAGUUUGAACUCUCCCUCACUGGGUAGUUCUUACAGACCAAGCGCGACUAAAAAUCCCACUGUGACACGCUUGUCCUGUUGCAGGUGAUAGGGAUGUGUUUGUAUGCAUGCCUACCGGAGCAGGGAAGUCCCUCUGCUACCAGCUGCCUGCAGUCCUGGCUCAGGGAAUCACUCUGGUUAUAUCCCCUUUAAUCGCUCUCAUUCAGGUCAGUCUUUGAGUUCACGGCUGCAACACAAACACUCCAGCCAGUUGCACUCAUGUGUUAAUUCCAUCUGAUGUUCCUUCUUAGGACCAGGUAGACCGUCUGAAGAGUCUGAACAUCCCUGCCUGCUCCAUUAACUCCAAACUUCCAGCAGGUGAGCGCCGCCUCAUCCUGGCUGAUUUAGGGAGUAGGAGUCCCAAGCUGAAGCUCCUCUACAUCACUCCAGAAAUGGUGGCCUCUCCCUCUUUCCAGCCCUGCCUUACAGACCUGUGUAUCCGUGGCCUCUUGUCUUACCUGGCUGUGGAUGAGGCUCAUUGUGUCUCCCAGUGGGGACAUGACUUCAGGCCGGAUUACCUCAAACUGGGAGAGCUGCGGGCCCACUGUCCAGGGGUUCCCUGUUUGGCCUUGACCGCCACAGCACCAAAGAAUGUACAGGAAGACAUUGUAAAGUCCCUGAGGCUGCAGUCCCCACUGUCUUUUUCCACCCCGGUCUUCCGUAGUAACCUGCACUAUGAUGUGAUCUUCAGGGAGUUGCUGCCAAACCCCUACGCUCACCUUCAUGCUUUUAUAAAGAAGACACUUGCACUAGACAGCAGCUCCAAUGGACAGGUAGGUAGACUUGUUCUGUGUGACACACAAAACAAAACAUUAUUUUCAAGUUUGUCCUAAAUAUAUUCAGUUUAUUAAAUUGACAAUUUUCUGGACAUACUAGUUAAAGGUACACUGAGUAGAAUUUAGCAGCACUUUUUCCAAGAAAAUGAAAUUUGUUCCACAGAAGCACGUUUAAAUUAGUUAGUAUUAAAUGGAAAUAUCAUUAUUAUUAUUUAGUUUCUGGUGACUUAGAAAAAGUCAUUUAUAUAUUAGGAGUAGUGGGUCCUCACUCUCAAGGCUGCCAUGUUUUCUACAGUAGCUCAGAAACCCUUUUGUUUAUUACUGGGUGGCUGAGUGAGACUUGCCAAUGGGAAGACAGAGGAGACAUUUAGAGAUCAGUUGUUGUUGUGCAUAAGUCCCUUGAAACAGUUGAAUUACUAGUGCCUGUAGUAGAGGAUGCCAUCCUUAUUGCAAAAAUUUAAGAACCUUAUUAGAUGAAGAUGAAAAGACAGGCACAUGGAAAAGAAAGUACGUGUGUGUGUGUGUGUGUGUGUGUGUGUGUGUGUGUGUGUGUGUGUGUGUGUGUGUGUGUGUGUGUGUGUUAGAAACUGUUAUAAAUAUCUUUUUUUUUGGAAAUCUGAACACAUGAAAGUGAAACAAAACCACCAAAGUAAAGUUAGUAUCACAAAUGGAAUCGCAAAGAUUUAGUGAAAAGAAAGAAAAGGCAGACAUAUUUCUACACUGGUUUUUGUCAGGAGAGAACUUCAAAGCUUUUUAGUAAACAAACAAUGAAACAGAAGGACUAAUUUAAUGAUCAGUUUUACUCCACUUGAUAUUCCGGCAUAAAAUUAAUUUAGGGACAAACACACCAUGACACCGAGUUAGACACCCCCUCGAGAGAUGAAUGUUGCCAACCGCUUGCUUCUCUAGUUAUACCAACUUUGGUAACGACCACACUGUAGUAAUACACAGUGGUCUGAGGAGCCACACAUAAACCUGAACCAAAUCCCCACUCUAUAGCCACAAAUAAUGCUCAGAAAAGCACCUAACAGUACAUCAUCAACAGUACAUAUAGGGUCCCAGCCAUAGUACUAGCCAUCAAACAUCCUUUUAACUUUGCCUGGUUUCUUUAGCAAAUAGAGUAAACACAACUUACCUACUCACUUCCAGCAACUGCUUGUUUGUAGUGAGACCUCAGGCCAGUCCAUUACAGACAACAGCGGGGUGACACAGCUCAAGGAAGAACAUUUAUGAUCAUAACUUUAUCAUUUCCUUAAAGUAAUAAUCACCACAUUUAUCAUUUUGGACCUGCAGACUCGGUAGUUCUUCUGCGUUAGCGUCUCGGUUUGAUUGCAUUUCCAUGAAGAAAUGAUCAUAAAUGUUCUUCCUUAAGCUGCGUCACCCUGCAGCUGUCUGUAAUGGACUGGCCUUAGGUCUCUUUACAAACAAGCAGCUGGUGGAAGAGAGUAGGUGAGUUGAGUUGAGUCUCUUUGCUAAAGGAAUCAGGCAAAGUUAAAAGGAUGUUUGAUGGCUAGUAUGAUGGCUGGGACCCUUUAUGUACUGUUGAUGAAGUUAGGUGCUGUUCUGAGCAUUAUUUGUGGCUAUACAGUGGCAUUUUGGUUCAGGUUUGUGUGCGGCUCCUCAGACCGCUGUGUAUUGCUAUUGUGCAGUUGUUACUAAAGUUGGUAUAACUGAAAAAGAAAAACAAGCAAUCAGCAACAUUAAUCUCUCGAGGGGGUGUCUAACUCAGUGUCACAGUGUGUUUGACCCUAAAUUAAUUUUACGCCAGAAUAUCCCUUUAAUGACCAGAUUGUAAAAAACCUAGCACCCAGGUAAAAUCUAAUCUUUAUGAAUGUACUUCUCUAAAGGGUCCAUUCAAUCAGAUUCAACUCCAAAAGUGAAUAUUGUGGAAACAGGACAUUUAACAUUAAAACAAAGACACACUGUGUGGUUUUAGUCAGAGCCAACAUCUUCCAAUAUUCAACCCCAACUAAAUUAAACUUCUGACGUCUAAUGUUACACAUGUUUAGACAUACAUAGCCAAUUUAAAUAGAUGGAGCUUCCCAGAGGCCACUGACACAGAUAUAGACAUUACAGUCAGUUAUGGAUCAAUACCUGAAAAUUAUAAUUACAAGACAGCCAUUUUUAAAGUUAAACAUCAGUUUAAGCUUAAAAACUUCAACUCUAAAGAGAUUGUCAAAUAAAAAUUCAGUCCACGUAGAAGAAAGGCAGUUGAAAGUCAGCUAUUUAAUAUGUAAUUUUUCCCAUUUAUUGCCAUUUUGUUACAACUUCCUCUUAAACUUUAUAAUCAUUGUAUGAAGUCUUUUUCCUCAUAAUUUCAUGACUUUAUUCAUUCUUCAAAUCACAGAUGUUUUCUUUUUCUCAAAAGUGACCCUAUUACUCUGUUGAACUCUUGCACAAUCACUUAUCACAAAGGCAAAAACUAAUCAGUGUACAUCAAAUCAAAGUCAGCUAUGAAUAACCCUAAUUCCUUUAACGUCUCUGACCAGGCAUGUGGGAUUGUGUACUGUCGCACCAGAGAGGGCUGUGAAACGGUGGCCUACCAGCUCACCAAACUUGGGGUCUUAUCUAAAGCAUAUCAUGCAGGUGGGACUGUUUCUAUCCUUCAUAGUAUGUGUGUAAAAAUUUAAAAAUGCUCUGUGCUCAAGUGUAUUUUGUGUGCUGUUAUUGUGAAGGUCUGAAGGCAGGAGAGCGUACAGAGGUGCAGAAUGAAUGGAUGGCAGGGAAGGUGUUGGUGAUUGUAGCUACUAUAAGCUUUGGUAUGGGAGUAGACAAGGCCAACGUCCGGUGAGGAAACAGACUUCCAUUAUGAUGCAGCAUUAACCACAGAGUCACACUCUAAUUAAGUUAAUAUUUUGGCUCAUCUCAUAGGUUUGUAGCUCACUGGAACCUGGCAAAGUCACUGGCCAGUUACUACCAAGAGUCCGGGCGAGCUGGGAGAGAUGGGCUGCCCUCCUCCUGUCGCACAUACUACUCCCAGAGAGACAAGGAGCAGCUUAACUUCCUCAUUCGCCAGGAAAUCGGGCGCAAACAGGUUAGCAAAAUCACAUCUGAGGGUUAGGGUCAGAGGCACCUGUAAAUAACACUUGGGUGGUUAUUUAUUGCAUCUCUCUCUCUCUUUUUUUAAAUUUUUUUAACAGGAGAAACGUGGCAAAGCAAAGGAGACAGACAAAGCAGCCAUUACAGACUUUGAGGCGAUGGUGAAGUUCUGUGAGCAAGAAGGGUAAGUAAUGUGCUCUGAGAAGUGACAGUGUAAAAAAGAUGGAUGUGAUGUCUUCAUCUACUCCCAUCAUUCAAAAGUGAAGAACACAAUGGGUGCCAACGUACUGAUUACUGUAGCACCUCAGAAGAAGCUGGUGAAGCUGGGACACUGACACCCCACCUUUUCCACCAGCUAGUAGCUAACUUGCCAUUAUUUAAACAGACUCUAAUUGUUGAAGAAAUUCAAGGACUCACGUCUCAUGGUGUGUUUCUUCUUCCUAUCUCUACUUUACUCUGCCGUGCUGGUGCAAAUAGCACCACAGGAGUCGUGUUUGCCAAUGAAGCUGUCUAUACUCCAUGAUGUUGCAAUGAUCAUCUCAUUCAAACUAAAUCUCUCCAAAUAAUCACUGCCUUUGGCAUAAUUCAGUGAGUUUUAACAAUCUGUGUGAAUAGAAUCUGUGUUUGUGAAAAUGUCUUAGGCAUAUUUGGCCUAUUAUACUGAGCUGUAUUUUGAUACUGAAAUAUAAUGUUAUAAUGUUGGAUGUUACUACCAAACCUUGUUAUGACACAUUCAGAUGUUUGGGUAAUCUUGUGGCUUUGGUCUGUUGCCCCUUGUGUUGAAAGAGUGGUACCUCUUAUCCAGCACAUAUGAAUGUAGUGUUUGUAGACAAAAAAAAAAAAAUCCUGAUAAAGCAUGUCAUGCAAAAGUAUUCAUAAAGCUGCUCUGUAGGUGUCCAAGACUGACACAUUUACAGGUCAAAAUGAGUAUCAUAGGUCUCUUAAUUAGAUUGGAUCCACAUCUCUUUGCACACAGACAACAGGCAAUUUUAGACAGUAAAUAUAUAUUUUUGCUUCAUACUGUACAUGCUGUGCCUUAGGAACAUUUGAAAGGACAGACCUAUCUGUGCACAGCAGGGGGCAGACUAUAUCUAUACUUAUCCAACUUCACACAUUCUGACUCCACAAGGAUGACACAUUUUUAACUUUAGAAAAACACAAAUAGAACAACCUCAUUUUGUCCCUCUGUGCAACUUAGUGUUUUUGUAAAACAGUCCACACAUUGUUUGUGUUCAUGCUUCGGGUUGACCCUUUCUCUGGACAAAGGCAUUGUUGUAACCCUGAAAGGCACCUGUAAGGACUCCCCUAAGGAAUGUAGAUCCUCAUGAAAACCCAAACAUCUUUAGCGAAUGUGUUUGGCAGCGAGUCAGGACAUCCUCCUGAGUUUGUUGUUAAAAGGCUGGGCUUCCUUAACUGCAUUCAACACGCCCUGAAUGAGACUUGAUCUCUUGCUGAAACGUCUCACAUGUCUGUCUCUUUGUGACAGGACUGACGCAUUCACGAGGAGUGUAAGAUUGCAUGAUAGAGCUGCUGAAAUAAAGCCUUAAAUGUUUGAUCCUUUUGUCUUGGUCUUGCGACAGCAGCAGCAGCAGCAUCCACAGGUUGCACAGGUCAGUGUCACCAUGAGCACAACCACCACUGCAGAAGUAAAAACAGCAUUUUAACAAGCUCACUUUCAUAAAAAUAGAGAUAAAAUAGGAAUGAAGAGGAGAGACUUACAAAUAAAGAUUAAGACGAUGGAGAAAGCUCCAAGCUCUAUAGGGUUGGCGUCGGGCAGACCCUGCAGCUUGACCCAGAUUCUGUUCAGGAUGGUCAGCGUUUCCUCUUUUGCGUCCAUCCUGCAUGGGCAGAGAGGAGGUGGAGACUUUUUGGAAGUGGUUCAAAGAAGAUGCACUUAAAGAAUAUGACAGUUUAAAAUACAAAAUACAGAAAAGCAAAGGUUAAAUGCAGAUGUGCAUUAAUGGGACUAGUGACUGAGGAAGUAGCAGCCCAUUGAUUCUCGCUGAACUCUUGAUGCCGUUCAGCUCUUGAGAUGCACUUUUAAAUUGAUGAAGUUCAUUGGUUGUUUUGUCUCAACACCUGCUACAGAGGCAUUUUAAAUUGGUAUUUUUUGUAUGUUUGUACGCUUCAAAAUACUUUUGUACAGCUGACAUGUUAAAGUUGGCUGUUGGCACAUGUGAAUAACUGAUCCAUCUUCUUACUGGCCAAACAUAUUGGGGGGAAUUUUUCUUGUCUGUUGAUACAGUCAAUAACUUUUAAUCUUUUACUGGCUGAUACAGAUAUGUUAUUUCUACUUCUAUUUCUAUUAUUUUAUUUCUUAUGCUUUCUACUGAUUCUAACAAAAGCUCCACCCAGGUUUAGGACCUGGGCAGAAUAUACUUUUGUAUUAUCUGAAGUUAAACCUCAACCUUUGUCACGACCAAGUCAUAUUUUGGUACACUGGGCAAUGCUCUGUGGUCUCCGAGCAGCCACGUUCUUGUCAAUACAUGUGCUCUUAAACCUGCUUUACCUACUAUUAUGUCCUUUUGCUGGUCUUUGUGUUUCAUAUGAUACCUAUGUUUGGGAAGGGUCCCUACUAGAUCCCAAAGCUUUUUUUCCCCACUAAAUUAGCACAGAGUCCUCUUAGGGUUGCUGGUAGCUAGCUCAAGCUUCAUGACGGUGUAAAGCUGGGUUGUCAACCUAAAAAGACUACACUGUGUAUAUGAUGUAUAUAUUCCUUGAGGAGUGUGUUUGACCAUAUGAGGAGUGCAGGACAGAGACAUAGUGAAGUACCAGGCCAGCCUUGGCCUAAAUCAAGAUAAUGAGUGUCCUAAAACUGAUGGCCUAAGUGUAGUGUCAUCAGGAUGUGACUCCUGCUGCUUGCUCUGGUGUGUUGACUCAAGCUUGUUAAUCUGUGGACAUGACUAUGUCCUUUCAACACUUUUUCUAUCUGUGGUUUUACAGUGAGAGCAGGAUGUUUACAGUGAAAAAGAGUCCUCAUGGUCAGCAUGCUGGUGUACAGUGUGUUUAUUAAGCAGAGAGUGACUUUUUAAUGCCCUGCCGUUUUAGUGUAUUCACGAUAACUAACAGGCUCCCCUUCCUCCAGGGUUUGUGUAUGACUGUGUCCUUAAAGAAAAGAAAACAGUGCUGGAAUUCAUUGUGCUGAUGGUGUUCAGGCUGUGGUCUGUUUUCAGUGGGCGGUUUUAGUGUUCAGUUGAUGCAUGAUUUCCAGGUGACUGUGUUCGUGUGCUCUGCUGUAAAAUAUGACCCUGGGUGUGGCAGCCUGCUGCUUUUGGCAGCUACAGUUUGUCUGGUGAGAUUGAAUAGCAUAACAAAACAUAAAUUAAAUAACAGCAUGAUAUGAUGCAGAUUGUUGCAGUAUUUGAAGAUUGUCUUUCACACUGUUAGCAGAACAAUUUGUCUGUUUUUGUAAGCAUAAAACAAGAUGACAGAAGUUGUUUUUUAGCUAUAGACAGAGCAGGGUUUGAUUGUUUCAUUUUAUUUUAUUUGUGCUGGCAGAGCUGCCAUAACUGACUUCUGGAAACUACAUUUCUCUCCAUUAAAGCUCCAGUGGUUUUCAAACAGACAGCAAUCAAUAAUGACAGGUUUUUGAGAUCCACCAAAGUACACAAGACUAUUUUAUUACUUUAACUUAGCAGUUAAAGCUCCUGCUCCAUAGGGUUGCGGUCCUUGAAGUGGAAGCCCUGGAUUCAACUACCUACAUUGACCCCAUUAUCUCCUCUCCUUUCUCACUGGACCCCACUCUUCUAUCCUCUAAAUAAAGAUGGUGGUACAUACAGUAUAUAUUAUAUUAUUUACUCUGUUAUAGAGCUGGGGUUAGGCCGCUGGCAAACAACCACAACCACAAUGCACCAACUACUCAGUCAAUCUGGAGCACUCCUAAUUUUGCAUUAUUAUAAGCUCCUGUGAGGAUCUUUUUAAUGUUCAUGAAACAGACUGAAAUUCACAUUGAUACCUAAUUAUGAUAAAUAAAAGCAAAUAACAUCACGAUCGACUAGAUAGACAAGUUUUAUGUCAUAAUUUUGAUCCUUAAAACUGGUGUGAGGGGGUAGGUAUCAGUGAAGCAGCUGCAAAAACCGCCCUGUUAUUAGACUCUCUAUCUUAAAAAUUCACAAUAAAUGAUAAAUGACUGUCCAAAGUCAGCAGGAUGAGGCUUAUUUUCUUCUGUCUUUUACUUUACCUACAGAGUUUGCCAAAUUUGACAUGAACCAAAAGUUCCUCGCAGUACCUUUAAAUGAAAACUCAGUGUGUAAUCAUCAACCCUGCACAGUUUGUUUGAAGGAAGGAGCUAUCGAGACCAAAACCACUUUUAAAGCAGGUUAUAAACAGGGGUGGGAGAAAAAAUCGCUACAGCAUAAUAUCGCACUAUUUUGUCUGGUGAUAUAUUGCAUCGUCUCAUCCACCAAUUAUCGUUUUUUUUUCAAAUCAGUUGCUUAUAUGAAGUCAAAUCUGUGAUGAUGGAAAAAUAAAAUCAAUUGUUUGUCCAGUGAAGAUGGCAGAGGUGAUAUCAUACAGCAGCACAAAGUUAGUACAACAAACAGCAUCCAGGGAGGGACAUUAGGAAUGCAAGUAGAGCACAAAUGAGAUGGACAUGACGUAUAAGGUUUGCAAGAUGUGCUACAUGAAAUUAAAAUAUUAGGAUAUUAGAAUAUUAAGACAAAAAUUAAAGAAAGACAAAUGUUAAAUCAGCUAAGCAGCAAAAAAAGUUAUACAAAUCGCAAUAUAUGGUAUCGCACUAUUCACUGUAUGGCAAAAUGCUUAAAAUCGCAAUGAUAUCUAAUAAUGGCCCAAGUAUUGUGAUAAUAUUGUAUUGUGGGGCCACUGGUGAUUCCCACCCUUAGUUGUAAACAUGUUCAUUUCCGCUGUAUAUAUAUAUAUAAUAUUAGCAUUUUGAAUGGACUUUGAAGAAGAUUGACUUUACUUUCAGAGCCAGUCUGAAGUGGACACUAGAGGAACUGCAGUUUCAUGCACUACUGCAAUAAUUUGAUGCUGGAAUUUUCUGCUCAUGAAAAUGUCCCAAAAUUAAAAACUUAGAAGCUACUGUGAGAAACUUUUGGUUGAAGCUGAUUUUGGCACCCCUUGUGGACAUCUGUAAAAAAAAACAACUCAUGCUGCUGUCUUUGGCCCUUAAAUAUGUAAUCAAGAGUUGUUGCCCUUGACCAUGUGAAAUAUGGUUUCUAAGUAUAGAAUGUAGUCAAUCACUUGGUCUGACACCUGUCCCUUACCAGUGGAUUCAGACCUUAAAACAAAGUUCUCAAUCUUUUUGUCAAUGGGCUUGUUUUUUUUCCUAGGGAAUGAAGAGUAACUAUUAUUCAUUUCAGUCUGUUCCACAACUAGGUAUAAGCUUUUCACAGGACCUUUUCAAACAAGUCUUAUGAAGAAAGUAAGCUCAGCAAAGGUGCGAGGAACCACUUUGGCCAGAGUGGGGGCGCCAAAACCCACACAAACUAACUGCUCCUCACAGCUUUAACCACAGCACACUCAAGGUUGUUUUUGUUUCCAUCAAACUACGGCUGCUAAAUGAGUGUCUAUCAGGUGAAACCAUCACCUCUAAUAAUAAUGAGGCAGUGUGGUUGCAACAUGGGUACACUUGCUGCUGUUGUCCCUGCACUUGUUUAUUCUGUUUUGUACACUCAAGCUGAAGCAAAUAAAGCGCAUGGGUUAAGUAUAUGCCGUCACAGCAGAUGUUAAUUUCCCUGCUGAAAGUUACCUUGUUAGAUGAAUGGACUGUUGACUCACCUUUUGCGGUGCCCAUAUCAGCUCUCUGUCCUCUUUUGGAGUCUGCUUUAUUUGUCAGAUCCCCACUUUAAACCAUUGUAGUUAACUAAGUAACUGAGAAAAGUCUGAACUGUACUCAUUUUGUGCUCUGUUAUGAGUGUUAACUGAUCAGCAUUUUGCAACAUACUGUAACAUAUUUAGCUUCCUACUGCAGCCUUGCCCCCUUUAAGUCUGUAUUUUUUAACACAUUCUUCACAUUCUUUGUCACACACAGGGACUCAAACACAAAUACACACAGACAGUUAAAUGCACCUACCUGUGAGAGUUUGUUGUUCUCACACGCUGAGCCCAGCCCAGACUGACGGGCAAAAACGGUCUGAACAGAAGUGAGCAGACCAGUUGGAGAUGAUUGAGAGGAGGAGAAGGAGAGGGAAGGUAACUCCUUCAGGGCAGCGAUGUCAGGUUUCCCUUUUUGUUUUUUUGUUAGUUUCCUUUUUUUUUUUCCUUGAAGUGGAGUCCACAGAUGGUGCCUGGGAUUAGUAAUCAGGCUUAAAUUAGCAUUAGGUGGCAGGGUAAAUCCUCAGGUACUGAUGUUGCUCUGUGAGAUGAGAGGGAAAAAUAAAUGCUGUUUAUGGCUCUUCUGUCCACCUUCAUGCUCCAUGAAGCUCAAACUGCUGUGUUACUUGCUCCUUUGCUUUGUUGAUCCUCUUCUUGGUUUUACAGUUUUCACACACACACACACACAGAGUAGUUUUCUGCUGAGUGCUCCACUUCAGUGUCCCUGUUUUCUCUCUGACACUCCUCUGUGGGAGUGACUCUGUUCCGUGUGUGUCCCCACCUCCUCCUCUGGUCUGAAUGCCUCCCUGUCUUUCACGACUAUGCAGGCAGAGUCUGUGUUUCCACUGAGGUAGUGAGUUUGUUGUUGAAGUGGUACAUGUAGGCCGAGUUUUGUAGCUCUGGUACAAAACUGUGAGGCUUUUCAUAGAAAUAAAAAGAAAUGCAACAUAGCUGGAUUCUUAAUCAGAAGUUAUGAGUUUUAUUGUGACAGAAGAUCAUGAAAUUAUUAACUACGUCUGAUUUCUCUCCAAACCACCGCACUUGGCACUGUGUUUUUUUCCCUACUCAAGAGCAUAAAUAGUAAUCAGUGCAAUUACUGUCUAUUUCAUUUGUAAAGAGAGCUUUGUUUGACUCAUUUCAUAACAAAAACAUUGAUCAUAUGGUUGGUUACACAAUAGCUGAUAGAUCAAUGAUGCACUGGAUGUUCUGUGUAUGAUAGAGAGACGUGAUGAUGCUAUGUGCUUCGAAGCUUUAUCAUGCUAAUGUGAAACCAACUUCUGUGUGAUCUAAUUUCACUUUCAGAUCAGUAUCUCAUUCUUGAAUGCAUGUUAAGUUUUAUCCUCUAUUCUCUGUUCAUCAGUUGUCGCCACGCCACCAUUUCCAACUUCUUUGGUGACAAGACGCCAAACUGUGCCGGCGCCUGUGACUUCUGUCAAAAUCCCAAAAUUGUACGCGCUCAGCUGGCGCGAGCGGCCGCACUCAGCACCAAGACUGAAGCAGUGAGCAAAGAGCCCGGGGGUCCAUUUGGUUUCCUGUCAGAACAGUACGAAGGAGGAAAGAAGGGCUAUGGCUUCGAAAGGCAGGACUGCUUAUGCGACAAGUGUUGGAUUUCUAAAAGAAAUUUCAGCAUGGUUAAACCUUUAGACUGACUCUGGGGUUGCACCUUGCAGGUAUGAUGAACCUGAAGCUGGUGACACUGAAGACGAUGGCACAAAGAGAAAAAAGGAGUUUUCUGACCUUUAUAAGAAGCAGAUGAACUUUCGAAAGGUGAAUUAUUACAAGAACUGAACACAAAGUCCUAUACUACUACCCCAAAACAAACAAAAAAAUUGUUUCUGCAACUUUGUCCAUCUGUUUGCCAGCUGUUGGCAGCUGUAAGGCGGAGGCCCCCUGAAAGAGAGGACUUUGGUAAAUUGGUCCCACAUGUGUAGAACUGAAGCAAUACUGGAAAGAAACUGUUCCUCUACAGGUGUAGGUGGUGGUCUGGUCUGGUUUAUAACUAUGUCAAUAAAAACAGGAAAGCUGUGAUAAUAAACUUAAGAAAAGAUAACAGCCAAAAGCAAGACAGUCAAAGUCAUAAUCAAAUGGCUUUAAAAUCUUCAGCCACACCUCUGAUUUAUCCUGGUGGUUGAUGUGAUUCUUUGUCUGAAUAUCAGACUUUGGUGUUAAUGUCCAUGCCAUGUUAACUUGUUAUUGACCUUAGCCAUAUCUCUUUGGAUGAUGUUGAUGCACAGUUGGUUUGAUGGUAUGAUAGAUCAAUCUGUAUGCUUGAUAUCAAUAUCCCAUAUUUCACUUUUUAUAGAUGUGAAAACCUGUGAAAGCAUGAAUAAUUAUCAAAAGUCAAAACCUUAAAACUGCUGUCUGGUUCAAACUUUACUACUACUUUUUUAUUAGUGUUAUUCCAAUACCUAUACCAAUAACUGCCCCAAUAUCAGUAUGUACCAUUGUCAGUACAGUUAACAGUGUUAUUUCCAAUACUCAUACUAGUUUCAGUACUGAUAUCGCUAGCUGUUUCUAUACUUGUACACACACAAUUACACAAAGUGCAACAAAAAUUCCUCUGUGCCAUGCCUGACUAGCAGAAACACACAUGCAUGUACACAUUCAUCCACACAUAUAAGGAAACGUCAAAGGAACAUUAACAAUAAGAGUUAUAUUAAUAGUGAUAUUAUAACACUGGUUAUAAUAUCACUAUUAGUUCAAAUACCCCUACAAGUAUUCACACUGCCAUUAUCAGUUCUAAUACCCUCACCAGUAUCUGUAGUAAUACCAGUAUCAGUUUAAAUAAUCAUGCUGUAUCUGUACCAAACUGGUUUUGGCAAUAGCCUUUGAUACAUUUGUUAAUAGUAUAUUUGGACACUGCUAGUCUGCUAUCAAUACAAAAUAAUGAUUCCAUGAUUUGCCAGAUUUAGAUUAUACAGUGUAACAUGAUCCACAAAUAUUGGAGUAGUAUUUAGCAUCAGUCGAUUCCAGAGUCUCAGUAGCAGUAUCACCAUUGGCAAGAAAAAUAGUUAUCUUUCUCAUCCACUGUGUUUGUUACUUUUUUUCCCCACCUUUAUUUGAUAGUGCCAUAGGUAAGUGACAGGAAAUCAUAGAACAGAGUUACUGCAUCAUACUGCUUCAUCCACAUUGGAGCUGUUACAUAAAAGCUCUAUUUUGUAAUGACUACGUGAUAAUGAAUUUUUGUCUGUUUUUUAGGGAGCUGAAAGUCAGAGGGAAGACUUUAUCCCCCCAGGUAAAAACAACCGAAUGAAAGAAUGAUCAUGGAUAGAUAUCAGCCUGCUCUGUGCAGUCAUUUCACAGUUGUGUCCCUCUGUGUAGAUGUAGACUGUCCGCUCAGAGAGGCCUCCAGCCAGAGGAUCCCCAGACUCACUGUGAAGGUACAGCACUGCAAACACAUUCCUCAUACUCACUGCACUCAUUAACAUGUCUUCUGGAAUUUAGGGACUCAUGUGUGAUGAGACAUAAAGACUAACUGUAGAGACGGUGAUGCUCUCUGUGGACAUAGUAGUAUUAAUACAGCAUCAGAGAGACUGAAAUAAAAUAAUGCUGCCUGUAGCCUUAGACUGCAGUAGCUCUUUAUAGUAACUUCCUCCCUGAACAAGAUAUGAUCAUGUUUUCUGUUCAAAUCUUGUCAAUAUAUAUGCAACUAAAAUAUUACAUUAGCCAUUACCUGUAUAAAAACAAGGACAGCGUGCCUUCACAUCGUUAUGUUUGACCAAAGUGAUGCCAAAGUAACUCCAAUGGUGGGUGCUUGACAUGUGCUGGUGACAUCAUUUGGAGGUAAGAGCUGGGCUUUUUAAAAAGUAGCUUCAAAUAUUUGGGCUUCACUUUUGAGAAGCUGUAAUGCUGCCAAUCGUUUUAUACCUUCUAUGACUGUCACACAACAGAACAGGAUUUUUACUUAUUUAACUUUAUUUUGAUGCAACAUAUUUUGAGGUAGUUUUUGACAUUGAAAAGUGAAAAUUAUUAAGCAAUAUGAAACUUAAUUUACUUACUAUUAAUUGACAUUUAUGAAAAACUCUGACACUGAUAUCUUUGCCUUUUAAUAUUUUCCAAAUGCAAACAAGACCAGCAGCAACAAGUUCAGAGAUUUUUUUUUUUUAUCAUUUAGGUUUUAAUUCCUGAGAUUGGUGGAAUAUGGUAAAUUUAGCCAAUAAGCAAGAGAAACAACCAUGUUUUUAAGAUAAGACAAGAAGAACUUUAUGUAUCCCCCAGGGAUGAUUCAAUUAUUUUAUUUUCAUUCUACAAUGCCCACAUGAAAUGUGUUUUAAAAGGGCAACUUGUAGAACAUGUAGAGAACAAGAUAAGCAAAGACUGGUUUAUCAAAAAGGGUGCUAGAAUUGCAUGCUGCAUUCGCCAGUAAGCAACGUACAUGGGGUACCUCUUGCGUCUAUUUUUGAACCAGAGGGUCGGCCAUAGGCUUAAAUGACAGUCGUGCCCAAAGUCCCCAAAUCAGAGACAAUUUCAGCACAGUCAAUAUCUGACAAAGCAGGACUGUCAUUUAAAUUCAUGGCCAACCCUCCGCCAGCAAAGACAACUUGAGUACAGUCUCAAAGCCUCACUAUCUGACGCAAAAGGACUCUUAUUGAAGUUUAUGGCCAACCCUCCGCAUCGAAAAAAGGGACGAGAGGUACCCUGUGUGCGUCACAUACUGACUCAAAGUGCUCCUUCUCGUCUAUCAAUAUAUGAUGAGUUGGGAAUGAAACAUGUUGAAUUUACACAAAAAAUUUAAAUGUCAUAGUUGUAUAAAAAGUUCCUAAAAAGAAGAGAGUUCCAUCGCACACAACGUAGUCAAAAUGUAAACUUAUUUAUUAGUUAAAAGAACAAUGCGUUUCGCCUCACAGGCUUCAUCAGGUUUGCCUGUGAGGUGAAAUGUGUUGUUAACUCUCACUGUCUUUACUUCUUUAAGAGUCAGCCUUUCUCUGAUACCCUUUUGAUACCUGGUCCCCAUAAGAGGGGAUUUUCACAUGUUGUCUCUAAAUAAAAUAAACUUCUGUACUGUUUAUGUCUAUUUUUUCAGGCCAGGAGCACUGCCUGUCUCUCUUGCAGGAAGCACUAUAUGACCACCAGAGGGCAGAUGAUCCUUUCAAGUAACUCUUCAGACACUUUUCUCCUCCAUCAGUUCACUCACUCACCAGUGUUGCUCCAUUUAAUGUCUUUAAUGUCUUCUCCGUCUCUCAGCUGUGACACUCUGUCUCAGGCAGUGGAUAUUGAGCUUGAAGUUUUCAAGAGCAGCAAGUCGUCCAACUUGUACAAGGCUGCGAUACUGAAGAGGGUAACUGCAGACCCCCUCACAGGCAGAACACGUUGAUGUCAAGAGGCUGUGUUCUUGAGCUGGUAUCUUGUCUUAAAGGUUUCUGAGAUGAAGAAAACAGCUCCUGCUUCAGCUGGAGGAGAAAGAGGAGAUGGUGGAGUCAGAGAAACUGAGUCCAAACUUAAUGAGGAGGCAACCUGCUCCCCCUCUUCCUUACCAGUUUCUGAGGAGCUGCAGGGGUUUAAAUCUGCAUCAGAGGUCUAUUCAGUAAGAUACACACUUUCUUUACGUACUUUACCAGCAGUUAUUGCAGAUUCUUGUGGCUGCAAACAUUUAUUUUUGAUUUACGUGUAUAAUUCUUUCGAAAUUAUUCUUCAAGAUGAAGCGCAAGAGGGUGGGCGCAGGUCAGAGGGGCUCCUCCAACCUCUUCAUGACUGCUAAAGAUCUCCUGAAGCCCUCCAUGUUGGAGAGUGAGCCCAUCAAAGGGUCGGAGAAUGGUGGAUUCUACAGCUCAGAAGAGUCAAACACUGAUACAUUAGUAGCUGUAACAUCAUCCAUUAGAGCUCGAGCAAGUGCUGUUGCUGCCUCCCUGAACAGCCCAACUAAGGCCGGCAGAGCCAUGAGCAAGAAGCAGCAGAAACUAGUAGAAGCAGCAAAGAAUACCCGCAAUAUCUCCCAGUAUUUUACAAAGAAACCAACAACAGAAGAAAAGCAAGAGGAGACUGGAACAGUAAAUGGACUGAACGCUACAUUAGCUAAUGAUGCUAAAGCUGAGGCUUCCCAGGAGGAUUACAGUUCUGAGGAUUCAGACAUUUAUGAGUUGAUACGAGAGGAAAGUAAGAAUGACAUAAUAGUUUUAACUGAUGAUGAAGAGGAGGAGCAGGAAACUGAAGAGACAGAAAUGUUUGAGGAGGAACAAGAAAAGAAGUACGUUUUAACAUGACUCCACUGCCAAGUAAAAGCUACACAAAGUUGAUGGAAAAAAAUUUUCUUUAUACAUCUAAUUAAUUUUUUUCUGCCACAGACCAGAGGAAUCAAAAGAAAACGCUGAAUCACCUGUAACCACUGAGGUAACAGUUUUGUUUGCUGCAUAUGUUUUUGGGAGAGUCAAGGUUCUUUGAAGUGGGGUUCUAUGAAGUACUUUGAGACUGGUUUACGUAGUCCAAAAGAGUAAACUUAUAGGACUUAGUGUAAAUAGUCAAAGCACAUGUUUAAUAUUGCUGCCUCUGCUGAAGCACAUUACGUAAUUUCUGUAUCUGAACCAUAGAGUGUAUAUAGAAUGGAUGCCAUCUGCCUCCUCGCUAGCCUGGCUGGGCCAUCCAGUUGCGUGAAUCACUUGCCAUUCCUUCCCACAACAGUCUGGACUUCGGCCAAUUGGGAGCGUGUAUUAGAAAUCAGAAAAUAACCGGGCCAAUCAGUGAUCGUGUUUCCACUGUUCCCUGGACAACAGGGAAAGGCAGCCCCUGAUUGGUCCAUGUGUAGGUGGUGCCGUCUAACACAUGCUGCGGGACUUUUCAAAGCGCCGUUCAUUCAGAACGCCGUUAAUUCUGCAGUUGACUUUGCAAAGUCGGCAGAAAUCGUUUAUAUCCGCAGAAGAAGGCGUAAAAGACAUUGUUUGCUUGCACACGUUGAAAUAUUACCAAACCUUUACUUGAUGCUUGAGAGCCCAGCAAGGAACACAGUUGCGCACUGUGAUGACGUCAGAUGUUUGGUUACGGUGAUUGGUUACCCUAGUCUGUCUAUCAAGGAAAGUACUCCCGCCCACUUUUAUGGCUCCCAAUUGGCCGAAGUCCAGACUGUUGUGGCAAGGAACGGCAAGUGAUUCACGCAAUUGGAUGGCCCAGCCAGGCUACCUUCUCGCUGGGUGAAGAAAUUUUAGAAAAUUAUUACACAGAAUGUAAAUUUUUCUCCUCCCUGGUUGUGAUGUUGACAUGUAGUUACAGUAAGACUGGUUUGUGCCCAAGUCCUCUUUUUUCUGUGAAGCUCCGUUUUUAAAAGUUAGUAGGUUCAUGUUUUCUGUGAUUGACACUUGAUACAGCCUAUGGGGGUAGGAAGAUUGCGUACCUCACCCGGGGGAUACACUGUUUGAGCAGAGCAUCAUCAUAGCGUCUCACAAUAUUUUUUUGUUGUCAAUAUUUUCCACAGUCUUACCAGUCUCUUUGAGAUUUAUAUCCUGCCAAGUCUCGUAUCGUUCUUGUGUUUUUGUUCACAGCUGUCAGAUGAUACAAAAGCAUAUACUGAACGCUCUCCUCCAGCAAAGCGCAGACGCCCUGCAGACAGAGUGGUACACCAGGAAAGUAAGGCAGAUGUUACAGUCAUACCUGAUGAUGACGAGGAGAAGAAGAAAGAAACUGAAGACACAGAAAUGCUGGAGCAGGAACCAAAGCAGGAGUAAGUUAAACACAUAUGAUGAGUCUAUUACUGGAUAAAAGCUUUAUAAAUAGGUUUAAUUUCUUAACUUUAACUUAGUUUUCUCUUUCACAGACUAAAUAAAUCAGAAGAAAAAUCACCUGAAAUAAUAGUGGUGAGUGUUUUGUUUUCUUUGUAUGUUUGUGAGAUAGCUCAGGGUUUUCUGGAGUGGGCUUGCAUGAUGUACCCUUUGAUAGUUGGUUUAACAUACAAGGUAGAAAAGAGGGAAUUCUGAGAGCAGAGUUGACAGUUACCUACUGUAUGUAAAAGACAAAAAUGAUACACUUAAAUCACCAUAUCAUAUUCACAAGGCUGGGUUUAUACCUUUCUCAUAGUGGAUAAAGCAGGAGACUUGAAGAGAGAGUGGAAAACCUGGGUUACCUGUUUUGGGGACUAUAGCCUUUGUACAUUGUACAAGUUAAACCCCAAGGUGUAAGUAACCCAGUGUAUGAUCAAGCUUUCGAAAAGAAAUACAGUGUUUGAAGAUGCUUUUCUCCUGCCCUUUUUUGCCUGUCUAAGGCAGAUGUUACAGCAUGUCCUGUUUCUAUCACUAAUGUGCUUUUAUUUUGAAAUUGAAGUUACUUCCACUAAUUUGUAAAGUUACAAAAGUAAAUGACAAAUUCAAGACAUGAGAUAUUGAAUGUUGGUACCUGUUCUUCAUUUACAGCUGCCAGACCACACAAAAGCAAACCCAGAGUGCUCUCCUCCCAUAAAGCCCAGAACCUCAACAGACAGACGCAGCAAAAAAGUGACUUUCAACCCCAACGUGCAGGAAAGACCGCUGCAUCCUGUAAAUGAAGUACCUGCAACUACGACACUGAAGGAAGCAGCUGAUAUAGUGGUCCGAUACUUGGACCCCUUUUACAAACAGGGGAAAUUUGCCCACAAAGUAAGAAGAAUAGAUACUAUUAUAUAUGUCACCACAACAAGAGAGUCAGUGCUGCUUCAUUUUCUGUCCUUGCAGGAGCUGUUUAAGGCCUUUGCCCGCUACUUGUCUCACCUUCUCACUGAAGGGAGAACUCAAGGGAAGGGACAAGGUGAGCCAGAGGUGGAAAAAGAUUAUAAACUUGAGUAAUACACUUAUUGAAUUGGUGUCUCUGUGUCCGCAGUCAAAGCAGAAGCCAAAGCUCUGAUCAAGAAGUUCUUCAGCAGAGUUAAACGCUGCGAGAGUGAGGCCGACUGGAUACACCUUAGAAGACCACAAAGCUGUAAAACCACAGAGAACAAGGAAUAA